UUCUCCGAUGCCGGUGACGUCUCGGGUGUGCUUUGUGAAGUUCCAGGAGCCAGAGUCUGUUGGAGUGUCUCAACAUCUGACCAACACUGUGUUUGUGGACAGAGCCUUGAUCGUGGUCCCGUUUGCUGAAGGUUGGUCUCAUAAUUAUUCCCAUGUGUGAGUGGUCGUUGUUGAUUGAAUGGCAUGACUCCGAAAUAGUGACGUUAGAGGAAAAAACGAUUUAAUCUGUCCCAUUUGUGAAGUGCACAAGUCAACUCACCUUGGUCUGUUUAUGUGAGCUUUUUAAGAUAAUUUGAACGAUACUGGUAAUGGCAUUCCCUCCCAUUGUCUAUAAAAAGCGUUUAAAUAGACCUCUGUUGUCAGAUUUUUGGUAUGCUGUGGUACUACAUGCCAUAUCUGUUUUCUCACCACAGUUUAAUUCUCUUGAUAAACUGGAGCUAAUCUUUGGAGAAAUACAUAUCAAGCUGUGUGUCUCCACUUGAAACAGUGGUUUGCUCUGCAUGUAGAAAGUGCAGUAUACCAAAAUCUGUUUUACAGACUAGGAGUUGAACAUUCCCCCAAGCUGUGGGCGCUGCUGACACCUCAAAGUUCAGAAGUGAAGUUGUUUUAACUCUUAACCAUAUGCAUUUUAUUUUCUCCCCCAUAUUGGACUAUCCACUGUUAAACUUCUCUCUGUUAUUUGUGUGUGUGUAUGUGUGUGUGUGUGUAUGUGAUUUUUGUAGUGAAGAAGGCAAAAGCAGCCCCCUCGUUGAUGGCUGAAAGUGGUCCUCUGCCUGCCAACAGGGGAUUGUAGACAUUUGCAAAGGCCAGCAAGCAUUCAAGCCCCACCCCUAUCUUUUUGUGUCCUUUUCUCUCUUUCUCUUUCCCUCUGUCUAAUUUACCUUUUCUAGGUGGUUUAGUUUAGAACAUAAAGGUCAGAAAUCAAUGACAUAGCCUGAAACAGUGCUUAUUCUGCACUAUUUUGCAGCACUUUUGAACAUUGCUUAGCCAUUAAUUUUAUGGCCAAAGCUUUGUUCCUUAGCAGAUAAGGCUGGCAAUAUUCUUCAUUUUUUAAUGUCAACAAAUCCUAUGAAAAGACAAAAAGACCGGUGUCUAAAGCGUUUUCAAAGCUCAUCAGUGAGCCAUGCUGCUGCUCUGGGUGACACUGUUUGUUCUUCAUAAUGAACGCUGGCACUUCAGUUUAUUUUGAGUCACUGCCAAAGGCACCAUGCUGCUGCUGUAAAUGCUCACAAGUGCACCAAAUGUGUAUUAAUCUGCCACUGAAAAUAGCCCCCAACAAAUACACUGUUCACUCCUGUUGAAGUAUAAAAAUAAACUGAUAUUGUUAUUGGUAGUUGGCUUUGGCCUUUUCAUGAGAUUUACUGACAGUAACAUUAAAAAAAGAGGAUACCCAGCCUCAUCCUGUUUAAAAAUGGUAAAAAUUUACUGCUGAGAUAAAACACUGUUAAUGACAGUCAGUUAUUUGGGUCUGGUGGCAAAAGGAUGUACAAAGAGACUGUGUGUUGAUAAUCAGUUGUGCAAAAACCAGAGUGCCCAGGUAGCCGACACUGCACCGACUUUUAAAAAAUUCACAUUAUCUCAACGGUAUGAGCGAGUUUGAGGAUUAAAAAAGGGGAAGACUAGUCAAUGAUUGGUUGUCUGAUAUACCAGUUUAACUCCAUCUCGUCAUACGCUGUCUAAGAUACCCACCCAUCAUGACAUAAUGUUGGUGCAAUAUUCUCUUUAACAGUGGUCUUCUUUUGUUGUUGUGUUUUACAGUUCUUUUUCCUGGCUCAGCCAGUCCUGUAUACCAGGCCCUGCUGAAAAUACCAUCCAACAGUUUUGUCUCCUGCAGCAAUUUCUCUCUCCAGUGUGCUUCUUUGUUUAAAUGUUGUCAUUACUGUGUGUCCGUAUUUAUGUGAAAGAGUUGUUCUUGGGGGUGGAUUUACUGAGAUGAUUUUGAGGUGUUUUAUUUGUUAAUUUUGGGUCAUUUUUAAAUAAAAUCAGAGGCAUAUUGCAAACAAAGAUGAUAAAAUAAAUCAUUAAUUGGACUGUGGUAGUGCAGAUUAAUCAAACCACUCAUCUUCGGUCCAGGUUUGGUUAAUUGAUGCAGUGACAGGUAAGGAUACUAGAAUAAUGAUGUACAAAUGGCACGCUACCUACCCUUAAUUCUGUUAUUGCCAUCUAGUGUAUAAACCAGUUUAUCCUCUGAAAUGUGUUUUGGUAAGUAGACACUGAUAGCUUGUAUAGUGUUCUUGCCAAAUCCCUAAAUUUCUCUUUGUUGUGUGUAUCUCGAUUUUUCUCUGUGUGCUUUUAGUAGCGAAGCCGCCAACGUGAGUCGCUUGUUUCAGUAAACGUCUAAAUGAAAAUUGAGGGCACACCCAACUGGAGAAGCAGCUGUGCUUGCUAACGUUUGGUUCAUGACUUAAAAAACACGUUCAGGAUCUAUUCCAGAUGAGGCUAAAGCUUUGUCACUGUUGGCGCCAGCAAAUGCUGUUGCAGGAAUUCUUCCAGGAGGAGGACUUCUACCAACACCCAACCCUAUCCCUAAUCCACCUAUUGGAGGGAACCCUUUUGGUGCUCCGAACAUGGAUGCAAUGACAGCAUUUGGCUUCCCCGGACCCAAUAUGAAUCCCCAGGCUGCUGAUCAGCUGCUAAAAUUCAUGACAGAUCCAAAACUGAAUCCUCUGGCUGCAGGCUUAAACCUGAAUCCAGGCCUGAAGGCUGAUGCAUCCAAUAAAGAAAUCGAAGAAGCCAUGAAGAGAGUCAGAGAGGCUCAGUCACUCAUUUCUGCUGCUAUUGAACCUGGAAAUAAGGAGAGCAAAAGAAAGCACUCUCGGUCCCGGUCCAGGUCCAGGAGGAGGUGGUCCAGAUCUCGUUCAAGACACAGGCGAACCAGAAGCAGGUCGAGGCGACAAUCAGGUUCGAGAAGCAGGAGACGCUCCAAAAGCCCACGCAGGAGGCGCACCCACUCCAGAGACCGAAGCAGACGAUCUCGAAGCAGAUCCAGAGAUAGAAAGAAAGAUGACUCUGGGAGAAGAAGAUCCAAAACACCACCCAAAAGCUACAGCACUACCAGGAGGUCACGCAGCGUGAGCCGGAGACGCAGGAGAAGUCGCAGCGGCAGCCGAUCUCCUAGAAAGUCCCCUAAAAGGAGAAGCUCCAGGUCUCCAUCUCCUCGAAGACAUAAGAAGGAGAAAAAAAGGGAUAAGGAAAGGGACAGGGACCGCAGGAGCGAUAAAGAUCGCAGUCGUGAGGAACGUGAACACUCCACCAGCAAGAAAAAGAAAAGUAAAGACAAAGAAAGAGAGCGGGAGAGGAAAUCGGACGGCGAGAAAGGAGAUGUUAAGAUCACCAGGGAUUACGACGAAGAAGAACAAGGCUAUGACAGCGAGAAGGAGAGGGAGGACAGGAAGGAUUCAGACGACUCUGCUUUGUCUCCUCAGUCAGUAGAAGGUAACGGCAGAGCACGGCCCAUGAAGCAGGCCAAAGUUAACGGUGCUGACGAUCACCAUGAAGAGGACAUGGAUGUCAGCGACUGAGAGGUCCAUCCUGUUUUUUCCCACAUUAUCCCUCCAUUUUGGUUAUGUGCUACAAAACAAUUUUUUUUUGCCCCUGCGGGAGUGGAUCUAAAAUGUGAAGUGUGUUUGAUUUUUCCCACACAGAAAUGUGCAAUGAUAGACUGUUAAAGUAUCCAUAUUAUGCUUUUUGCCUCUACAAAUGAAAUCAGUUAAAACUGGAAGUAGGCUUGCUUUGCUUUCUUGAGCUUGUGUUGUGAGAGUUUGUCUCUUCUUCAUAUAAUGUUGUAUCUUUACAUUUUUGUUUGGUGUUGUGGUGUGAAGCUCAGGCCUCUAUGCCCAUCUUUUUGGAAACAGUUACUACAUCAGCUUCUUUGUUAUUUGAAAGUGUUGAUUGUUUUAUCGAGGAUUUCUUUUAUAAUAAAGCCUAUUUGGAGAA